CACACACACACUUCUCCUCCUCCAAGACUAAAGACAUAGACACCAAUUACUCUGGAACUGGAAAAGUUGUAAAUAUCUUCUUUAGCCCUGCUUUUAAAAAGGAUUUACAAGACUGGGCCUUUCCCAGGGGAGUAGCUGUAGUCUAGGUAAAAACUGUAAGCCCCUAAAAUAGUACUUGGGCAAAAGGCAGCCCUGUGUAACAUAUGUGAACUGCUAAAACGUAUGCACACAGAUAUGCACAGCAAACAUCUCUCUCUCCAAAAUACAGAGAAGCUACAGUGGACAGCUUGCAGUGAAUGGAAUGAAAUUGGAGUAGUUUGUUCUUCUGAAGCAGCUUUGGAGCAGAGAGGGGAAGUGAUGUCAGGAAGUCAUUAGGCUCUUUUAAAUUCAGUUGAUGCUUAACACUUAGAAUGAAAAAUGAAGCCUUGCUGCAGAGUUUGCGGGUGGAGGGCAAGAGAAACUGUGAGCCUUUCAGGUUAUGUCUAUAUGGUGCAAGGCAGCAAUAGGCUGAGAGACUUCCGGCCAGCUCUGCAAGUGCUGGCUUCUACACUGGUACAGACACACUGUACCAAGUUGAGGCAGCCUCCCUGACAUUUUUGGAAAACCCCCUAGCAUGUUACAGUUGACCCUUUGCAGGUGACAGAAUGGAUUUGGCAAAAGCCUAGAUGUAGGGAUGAAAGGAAAAACUGCAGAAUGUGUAUGGAAACCUAUACCACAGAGCAAAUCUUCUCCAUGUGAUCGGUACAAACAUGCCUGCUGCAUCUGCAAAGGAUUUGUUUAUCUCCAUGGAGGGCGGCACAACACUAGUCUUAGCGACUUUUGGCGGUAUAGCAUUGAGAGCAACGAAUGGGAAAUGCUGCAUGGCUCAGGAGAUGGCCCAGAAGAACUGGAAGAACAUUCAAUGGUGGCUUAUCAAGGAAUGCUCUGUGUUUUUGGCGGGAUGUUGGAUUCUGCUUUCACACAGACGAAGGCCCCUCUCUGGAUGUACAACAUUGAUUCGGCAAGAUGGACCGAGUGCCGGCACACAGAAACAGAGACUGAGAGCACAGCUCCAGCUAACAGGAAAGGCCACAGUGCAGUAGUGUACAGUUCCAGCAUGUACGUCUAUGGAGGAUACUUUGACAUCAAAGGAAUUUCACAAGAGUUUUGGGCUUUAAGUUUUGAUACAGGAAAGUGGUCAUGUAUAUCUGCCCUAUCUCAUGACACUGGUCCUGGACCUCGGCAUGGUCACUCAGCUGUGGUUUACAGCACAGGCAUGUACCUCUUUGGAGGACUGAUGGGGCUGAGUGAACAGAAGGAUUUAUGGAAGUGGGACUUUACAAGCAGAAACUGGUCCAGUAUUAGAACAAGCCAAGGACCUCCAAAAGUAGUGGGACACUCCUCUGUGGUCUUUAGAGACUCCAUGCUGAUUUUUGGCGGAGGGAUUUCGAGCUCCAGGCCUCAGAGCAGCCUGUGGAAGUACCAUUUCAGUUCACAGAUGUGGAGCAAGCUGGUUCACACGGCAAAGGUAAACCUGUCCUCUAAAAUGUAUCACUGCAUCCUCGGACUUGGCAGUGGUUUCCAGGUGGCCCCAGAGGCCUCUUGUGCAUCCCCUAUUAAUCACUGGAGUGAAAAACACAAAGACCAUCGGAAGCUGCUGCCCGUCUCGAAGCAGCAGGCCUGUUUUGGCAGGUACUUUCACCAACAGCCGGCUUACAAAGCCUUCAGCAAUGAGGAUGUCAGUGAGAUCGAAAUGAAAACAUUUAGCCAGCCUCUGGAGUCCCUGGGCUUGUGUGCGUUUCAAACCUCUGCAGAUACAGAACUCUGUGCAAAGAAAACCAAGAGCAUGUCGUCCAAAAACAAGCACCUUUCUCACCUCAUCUCUUCAGAAAAAGAUUUUGCCACUACUAAAGUUAUUGAGAAAAGGAGAGGAACCGAGCAUCAGCCUGUGAGCCCAAUGGGCCUUGCCAAUAGCAGCCAGCCCGAUAUUCUGCUCCUCAUUGGGGGCAAGCCUCUGUCUGGGCUCUGUGAAAUCUCCCUCUGGCACAUGGAGCUGGACAGCGUUUCUGUGGCCCACACAUAACAGGGGUGCUGUCUAUCUUGUCUGAACAAGAGUAACCAGGAAGUAUUAGCACUGCUUGCCUUCUGCAUGCUCAGGAUAAGAAGUCUUCCAAGCUUCUGACCCAAAAACAGCUUUUCAGUCCCUAUUUGUGCCACUGGUCGGGUGCUGCGGAUAGACUCUGAAGUAAGGGAAAGCAAAAAUCACAGCAGGUGUCCUUGCCCCCACCAGCCUAAGAGACAAACAUUGAAGUCCUGAUGCCUAUGAAAUUAC